AUGGAUUACUCCUUGUUGAUCAAAAGGUCAGCUGAAGGCAUUGUGAUUGUCUUGAUUUAUGUUGAUGAUUUGUUAGUCACUGGUAGUAGCAUGAAGCUGAUUAAUGACACUAAACAAGUUGUGAAGGACAACUUCAAAAUCAAAGACCUUGGACCUUUGAGAUACUUUCUAGGAAUAGAAUUUGCCCGGAACUCUAAAGGGAUUCUCAUGCACCAGAGGAAGUAUGCAUUGGAGAUAAUUUCAGACUUGGGUUUAGGAGGGUCGAAACCUAUUGCCACACCUGUUGAAAUGAAUGUCAAAUUAACUACUAUGAUUUUUGAUAAACAUGUAGGUUCUUCAUCUGAUUCACUACUAUCAGAUAUUGGUGAAUAUCAGAGACUUGUUGGGAGGUUGAUUUACUUAACCAUUACUAGACCGGAUUUGUCUUAUGCUGUUCAAAACUUAAGUCAGUUUAUGAAUGCACCAAAGAGGUCUCAUAUGGAUGCUGCUGUUAGAGUUGUAAGAUACAUCAAACAGGACCCAGGUUCAGGCAUUUUUUUGGCUGCACAAUCUUCUGGUUCUUUACAAGCAUAUUGUGAUGCUGAUUGGGGAUCCGGUCUUGAUACUAGGAGGUCCAUCACUGGGUAUAUGAGCUAG